AAUCAGCAGCGCAAAACGUUUCCAAAGUCAAAAUGAAAUUCAUCAUUGCGAUCUCUGCGUUUCUGUUCGCUUUCGCGACCGGAUCGCCGACCGGGUAUGUCGUCGAUAUACCAGCCCCGAUUUCCAGCCAAUAUUACACACAGGACGAGUUAGGACGAUAUAGUUAUGGUUACUCCAAUCAACUAAGUGCCAAGGCGGAAGCUAGAUCUUUGGAUGGUUCAGUUCUGGGAAGCUACAGCUAUUUAGAUCCAAAUGGUAAAAUUCAAUCGGUGGAAUAUACGGCCGACGAUAGCGGAUUUAGAGUAGCGGCCUCUAAUAUACCCGUAGCGCCCGUACCCGAAGUACCCACUCCAGUUCAAGAUACCCCGGAGGUUCUGGAGGCUAGGGCUAAACAUCUCGCAGCAAUUGAAGAUGUAAAGAGCCGCGCCGGUCAAAAUGACUUACGAGAAGAUUUGAAUUCGGUGGAAAUAGUGGCAGCAAAAAAUGAUGUAGCUCUUAAAAAGGAUGGCGCAGCGCUUGCUAUCACUUCUUCGGUCCCACUACCUACCUUUCUACCAAUAACAUACAGGUCUACUGUUUACGCUACACCAGGUAUAGCGAUUAAAUCUUUCGUCUCCCCUACCGUUGCUGUUAAAGCUGCUCCCCUUCAGGCCUUCUCUUAUGCAUAUGGUAUAAAUAACUACUACAGUGGUUUCCAUUACCCAGGAUUCACGACCUACCCCGCAACCUUUGUGGCUGGUCCGGUCACUAAAUUUGAAAAUGUUGAACAAGCUAAAGGGCGUUCUGGAGAGGGAGAGGAAAUGAAAGAAAACAAGACUUCGUAG